AUAAAACAGCGCCAGUUACCAACAUUUGCUCUCUUGUUCCUGAAGAGCUGAUAGUGGAACGGAGUGGAGCCACAGAAACAGCAUGAGGGCGUGUCGGUGCCGUCGCGUGAGGAGUGUGUGUGCCUUGAUGUUGUGCGUGACGUUGGCUCUGCACAUGCUAGCAAUACUACUGGUCCUGUCGACGUUCACCUCAACCUGCGAGCCUGUUCAACGGCAUCAAGCUCAACCUCACAACCUCACCUCGACCAACCUCACACAGGCCGGCUCUACCAGCAGUCGUGUCAGAGCAGCUGAUCUCGCCAAACUGAAGGCUUUGUUCUCCCACGCGCUGUAUACCCUGCAUAGUCCAUCAAGUCCUGACGACGACACUCUGCUGCGAGUCCGAACCCAGGCAAACGAGGAGCACAAUGCAGAGCAGUGGUUAAGUAACAGCAAGGAGGGCUAUGAUCCUAUCUUGUGGAACAGCAGUACAGACACCCACCCUCCCUGGCUUCGCUUUCACCUCAGCAUCUCCCGCUGGCAACUUUAUCAGCACCGAGACACCAACCUGGCUGCUCUUCUGCAUCAGUUGUCAACACACCGGAUCAUCAGUGUAGUUCAGAAAACAGGAGGAACACAGCUGAAGUUGGUGAUUACGUUUUCGAACUACGGACAAGCGCUCUUCAAGCCCAUGAAACAGGAGAGGAACGACGAGACUAAUGUGAACCUGUACUAUUUUUCGGACUUUGAGAGGCACAACGCUGAAAUUGCAGCCUUCCACCUAGACAGGAUCCUGGGAUUUCGGCGUGUACCCCCGGUUGCGGGAAGGCUGAUCGAUGUAAUUAAGGAAGUUAAAGACAUCACCACUGAUCACAAACUGGCUAGGACCUUCUUCAAUUCUCCAGUGGGAAAUUCAUGCUUUUAUGGCCAGUGCUCAUACUAUUGUUCCACGGAGCAUGCGGUGUGUGGUCGACCCCAUGCUCUCGAGGGUUCCCUUGCAGCCAUGUUGCCGGACCUUUCCCUCGCACCACGUCGCUCCUGGAGAAACCCAUGGAGGCGCUCGUACAGCCGCAGCAAGAUUGCUCUGUGGGAGGAAACCCCAAAAUACUGCAAUGCGGUGAAAAAGACUCCGCCCUAUGACCGAGGCACCCGAUUGGUGGAUCUCAUCGAUAUGACCAUUUUGGACUUUCUGCAAAGUAAUAUGGACAGACACCACUAUGAAACAUUUGAAAUUUUUGGCAACAACACGUUUCUGCUACAUUUAGAUAAUGGAAGAGCUUUUGGUCGUCACUCGAAGGACGAGCCAUCGAUCCUCACUCCUCUUGUGCAGUGCUGCAGGAUCCGGCGCUCCACGCUGCUCCGCCUGCAUCUGCUCGCUUCCCCUCAGUAUCGUUUGAGUGAUGUCAUGCGGGCGUCUCUAGCUCAGGAUCCACUGGCUGCUGUGGCUCCCCUCCUCACCGAGCCUCACCUUUUGGCCUUAAACCGCCGUCUGGCCACAGUGCUUCAGAUCAUCCAGCGCUGCCUGCUUCAGCACCAACUCCACCAUGAUGUCAUAUUCGAUGAUAUCACUAACUACUCAGGCUAGCAAAGUGCUUCUUUUAUAUGUGAUGACUGAUUUACUCACUGUAGCGACUAGUACUACACAUUGUGUACUCGUCGAAAUCAUGCUCAGUUUUUUACUGACAAAAACAUACUGAAUGGCAGAACAGUAUUAUAGACUAUAGCCUGGGUGACAAAAAAAAGUGACAGGUGGUCAUUUAUAAAAUUAAGAUUCUAUUUUAAUUCAAAUAAUAAAGCACAUUAGAUGUUCUUCCACAAACACGAGCUCACAGAUUGACUAGUAGUGCUGUGAUUGACAGGUGACAGUCAGUAUGCCCCACCCACCCAAGACAGCACGCUGGCUCCCUGACGCAAUAAAUCUCACGUAUCAAUUCAAAUGAAUUUCUACAACUAAGUUAUUUAAGUGAAAGAAGUCUUAGCUACUCAGGUAAAAAAGAAAUAUUAAUA